AUGAGCACAAGCACUUCUGAGAAGCAGCCUCUCUGGAUAAGACUCCUCACACCUGAGCCCCCGUCUACUUCCUCCUCAGGACUCCACUCAAGCCAAGGCCCAGAAAAGUCCUGUAGCCCCUUGGCUCCUGAGGAGGAGCUGGUGUCUGCCUCCCAAUUAGAGGAGGAGGAAGAAAAUGAGAACGAGGAGGAGAAUCUGGAUCCUGAUCUAGCUCUGGACGUGGAGGAGGAGGAGGAGGAAGAAGAAAACAGUCUUGGGGAUCCAGCUGUCCUCACUGCUGUCCAUAACGCCCAGAAAGGUCUUCUCAGCUCCCCUGGAAUCAAGGCCCCUGGCGUGUUGGGGAUGUCACCUACCUCCUUGUACUUUCUGUGCCAGACGCUGGACUACUUGUCACCCAGUCCUUUCCGGCCUACCCAUGCCAGCACCAGCUCUCCAGCGCGGCACUUUGGCCCUCGACUGCUCUCACCAGACCCAUCUCUCUUCUGCAGCUCACCGACCUUACAGUCCCCUAGGUUCAGUCAUCUGACGCAGCUCCACCCUCAGCACCAACGGAUGUUGCAGCUGCAGCAGCAGAGUCGAACACCAAGUCCCCCAGCCAAGAAGCCUUGGUCUCAGCAGCCAGACCCCUAUGCUAACCUCAUGACCCAAAAAGAGAAGGACUGGGUGAUAAAAGUGCAGAUGGUUCAGCUGCAGAGUGAGAACCCCAGCCUGGAUGACUGUUACUACCAGAAAUAUUAUCAGAAACUAGAGAAGAGGCAGGCAGAUGAAGAGCUACUUGGGCAAAGGAGCAAGGUUGAGUCCCUCAAGCUGGUAACGCCUUACAUUCAGAAGGCAGAGGCUUACGAAUCAGUGGUUCGAAUUGAGGGUUCCCUGGGCCAGGUAGCUGUGUCGACGUGUUUUAGCCCUCGCCGAGCUAUUGAUGCUGUACCCCAUGGAACUCAAGAGCCGGAGAUAGGAGCUACAAGCAGUCAGAGGCUUCGGGUGUUGUACUGGAUUGAGAAGAUGUUCCUUCAGUUACUAGAGAUAGAGGAGGGCCAGAAGGAUGGGCCUUCACGGCCCUGCUACUCUGAGCAGCAGAGAAACCAGGUUGAGAAGCUCUUCCAGUCCUUAAACACCCCGGAGCAGAAUCAUCUGGAUGAGGCAGCAGAUGGCUUCCUGCAGGUGCUCUCCGUGAGGAAGGGGAAAGCCCUAGUGGCCCGGCUACUCCCCUUCCUGCCCCAGGAUCGGGCGGUUAGCCUUCUUUUGGCUAUCACCCACCAUCUACCCCUCCUGGUCAGGAGGGAUGCAGCUGAUCAGGCCCUACAGAUGUUAUUCCAACCUCUGAGCAAAUAUAUCAAUCACUUGACCUUCCAUGAACUCCUGCAAGGACUUCAGGGACUAAUGCUGCUUCCACCUGGCUCCUCAGAGCGGCUAGUCACUGCGGUGCUUCAGAAUCAGUUUGGAAUAUCUUUGCUCUAUGCUCUGCUGAGUCAUGGGGAGAAGUUGGUGUGCCUGGAUUCUUCCCUAGAGGAAUCCAACAGUGACCAUACAGUUUGGACAGACAUAGUGAUUCUAAUUGCCUGGGAAAUAGCUCAGAUGCCUGCAACCUCUCUGGCAGAACCCCUUGCCUUCCCCAGCAACCUUCUUCCCCUGUUCUGUCGCCAUGUAGACAAACAGUUGGUACAGCAGCUGGAGGCUACAAUGCAGCUUGCCUGGAUCUACUGAUCCCGUUGUUCUGGAAUAUAUACAUGUCGGAAAAGUUUAAUCAUCAGACACUAGCUGUGCGGGCAAUGUCUAUAGGGAUCCAAGAGUCUGAAGACAUUUCUUAUCCCUUGAUAUAUUGGAGGACACUGCCCCAAACAUUUUCUUGUGCUUCUUGAAGAACCUGAAUAAUAUGCCUAAAAAAACAUGGCGUAGUAAAAUAUGAUUAAAGAGAUAAGACAAUGA